AUGGCUCACUCCAGUGCCUACCUUUUCCUAGGACUCGUCCUCUCUACCCUCACAGACACCACCGUCGCCCAAAAAAAAGGGACAACAGCCUUCACCGACCCCAACACCGGCAUAUCCUUCCAGCGCUUCUUCGGCGCCAAAACGACCUUCGGCUUUGGCAUCGCCCUCCCCACCGAACCCACAACAGAUUUCAUCGGUCAACUAACCUUCCCACUCAAUGGCGGCAACGGCUGGGGCGGCUUCUCCAUGACGGGCGACAUGGAAGGCCCACUCCUCCUGGCCGCCUGGUCCGACGGCGCCGGGAACGUAAUCUCCUCUUUUCGUCAAGCCGAGAACGAAGAUGACAACCCCCCCGAAGUAACCGGCUCUUUCGCCAUCCGCCCCAUCGCCAAAGGCACAUCCGUCAGCAACACCUUCCUCACCUACACAUUCCUAUGCGAAGGCUGUCUCGACGCCGCCUUCGGUCUCGGCGCGGCAGACACAGCUGGAGACGCGGAGAUGGGAUGGGCGUUGGCGAAGACAGCUGUAGGAGGCCCGGAAACGAGCGCGGGUAUCCUCGGCUUCCAUGAUAGUGGGUUUGGAGACUUCACGGCGAGUCUGGGGUUGGCGAGAAGUGCGGAGUUUGCGACAUGGGCGGCGUUGGCGGGAGCGCCGAUUGCGCCGGCGGCGGGGGCGGUGCCGAUUCAGGCGAAUGCUGGGGAUGGAGAUGAUGGUGAUGAUGACGACGACGACGAUGAUGAUGAUGAAGGCGGUGCUUCAAAUACUGGUGGAGGCAGCACAGGGGGGAAUGUCGGGGCAGGAACGGUUCUCGGGGGAGCCACCACAGGGGGAGGAAACGUGGGAGGAGGCGCGGGAGGGGAUGAUUCCAAUGAUGAUGAUUCCGAUGAUGAGGAUUGA